AAUUCAUGGCGGCUUUUUCGUCGCUCUCUCUCCGUUGUGAACGUUUAUGCGGCUUGCUUUCUAAACUGUUUGGAAUAUCUCUCAAGGCGUACACAUGAAGGUCAACAAGUCUUCCAUAUGGUGAGUCAUUCGAAAACAGUGGGAUUGUCUCAUGAAUCGAUAUCUUCAUUAUGACCAGUAUACCCUUUCAUCUUCUCAAGAAGUUGAAGCCCAAUUAGAUAUACUUAAUAAAACAUCUACACAGAUUAAUGACCUAGAGAGACGUUUGGAAAUUUCUCGUGAUGUUUAUCGUAAAGUUUUAUCAGAUCAGUCAGAUAAAUUGCAGAAAUUAAGUAAAAAACUUGGUAAAUGUAUAUUACGUACUCGACCAUACAAUGAAUUAAAACAAAAGCAAAUGCACUAUCGUAAAGAAAUUCAACUGGCUGCUUUAAAGUAUGAAAAUGCCAUAUCGACCUUAAAUGCAGCUCGUGACACUCUGGCUAAAUUGGAAGCACGUGUUUCAGAGUCUGGUGUUAGAGAUCCAAACACAUUGGAGUCCCUAAACCAAAGUAUUACGGAUUUUAAUAAUGCUAACAAAUCAUUGAAUAAUGCUAAAUUAGAACAUGAAAAAUUAAUGGAAAUUUAUGCCACAAAUGAACAAUCACUUCGUUGCUUAGAGAAACGUCUUCGUUUCGAUAUUCAAAAAGCGAAGCCUUACUACACCAUGUAUGAUCAUUUCAUGUUGAAAAUGGAGGAUGCCAAAACACAUGUUGAAUUAUGUACAGAUAAAUUAAAAGCAUGUAAAAUUAUUUAUAGUGAUGCAAUGUGUAAAUUAGAACUUUUAUCUGAUUCAAUUCAUAUAAGAAGAUUAAAUCAAACUGAUCAUUAUUUCAUUACAAAUGAUAGAAAUGAUCAUACUAUUGAAAAUGAUCAUAGUAAUAAUAAACAUUUCCAUGGUAACAAUAAUAAUAAUAAUAAGGAUGAUUAUGUAAUAAUGAAAUCAUUCACUAAACAAUAUGAAUCUAUUCAAUAUACAAAUGAAUAUUUAAACAACAAAUUUGAAAAGGAUAAUAUACUUAAUCAAUCAAUUAAUGAUUGUUUAAAUGUUACUACUGUUAAUGAUUUGAAAAUGGAUAAUAAUGAUCAUGAUAAUUCAACUGUUAAUUAUUUUCCUAUAAUGAAUGGUUUAUUAGAGUCACUUCAUCAAGCUUCCAUUGAGAUUGAUUCACUUCAAAAUUCUCCAUUUUUAUCUUCAAUUCAUUCAAAAGAUUACAGUAAUAGUAUAACUAAUUCAGAUUGUACUACUAUUGAUACAAAUACUACUACUAAUACAACAUCAUCAUCAUGUACAGAGAAUAAUUCAUAUACAGAAUCUUUAUCUCUAUCAUCUCAUACAUCAUCAACAUCUAUUUCACCAGCAUUAUCGUUUGACACGUUUACAACAACAACAACAACAACAACACCACCACCACCACCAACAACAACAACAAUAACCACAUCAUCAUCGCCCUCAUCAUCAUCAUUAUUCGAUGAACAAUCUUCUACUUUAAUGUUAAUAAACUCUUUUAAUAAUUUCCAUUUAACUAAUAAUUUAUCACCUUCAUUUAUAUCAAAAGAGAUUUGUUGUAGUAAUUUCACUAUAACUAAUUCUAGUUAAACAGUAUUAACAUUGUAAAAAAAUAUUAGUUUUUUCAGUGUUAACUUUAUUACUACUAUUCAAGUUAUAAGUAGUUUGCUUAUUUCAUUUGAAAUAAUUAAAUGGCUUCUGUUGUACCAUGACAACAAUAUAUGUAUUGUAACGUUGUUCAAUGUUUUAUAAAUGGAUUCAUUAAAAUAAUAAAUGUAUACUACUGUAAAGAAUUCAUUAAAGAACUAUGGAAUUACUGCUGAUUCAAAGUUCUAAUAUAGGUGUUUAUCAUCUGUUUUUUGUUUACUUACAAAAAGAAAGAAACAUUCGUUUCUUUUAAGAAUUGAAUACUUCCAUCAUUUGCUUUCUUUUCUGGUAUAUUCUUCCAUUGUUCCUCAUUUAUUUAUAUAUAUACAAACGUCAAAUGGUGAAUAAUGGGAUAAAUGCAUUGUAAAGUCAAUAUAUUACUUAUGACAAUACUAUCAUGAGAAUAAUGUCUAAUUUAUUAUUAUUAUUUUUAACAGCUAUUAUCUAGUCAUAAUUGGAUGCGUUUUACAAUCAACUUUAUACAGAUAUUUAUUAUUUAAUUCAUUUUAAAAAAAAGAAAUGAAAGCAUUUUUAAUU